GACAAGAAGAUUCUCAGGAAGAUCGAUUUGCUCAUCCUGCCCUUGUGCGCCCUCAACUACUUUUUCUCAUCCAUGGAUCGCGCUGACGUUGGCAAUGCAAAAGUGGCCGGGUUCGCUCGAGACAACCAUCUCACACCGACACAAUUCUCCAGUGUGAUCUCGUUCUUUUACAUCGGCUACAUCAUCUGCCAGCCGGUGGGCAGUCUGGCGAUCCGUCGGGUCGAGAAAUAUCUCUUGCUUGGCCUGGCGAAUAUCUCCUGGGGUAUUAUGACCAUCAUGCUGCUCUUCUCCAGAGGUUUCGCACUGCCUGCAACGUUGCGCGUAUUCAUCGGUGCCGCGGAAGGUCUGACGCAGAUCAACAAUGUCUUCUUGACCAUGUGGUAUACCCAGCACGAGAUCGCGACACGGACUGGUAUCUGGUACUCUUGCGGUGUUCUUGCGGGCAGCUUCAAUGGCAUCAUCGCCUAUGGGAUCCAGGAACAUGCCGCCUCGAGUCUCAAACCCUGGCAACUGCUGUUCCUCAUUGAGGGCAUUUUGCCCAUCGUCUUCGGCCCCAUAUUGAUCUACUUCUAUCCUUCGUCCCCUGAGAAGUUGACCAAGUACUUCUCCGCUGAAGAAAAGGCGUUGUGCAUCACCAGAACCCAGCGGGCACGCAACACCGCGGGCGGCCAGAUCACCUUCUCAGGAAUGCUGAGCAUCUUCAAGAGCCCCGAGACUUACGCCAUGUGGCUUGCAUACUUCUGCGUGAUCUGGACGUCGUCCGGCUAUGGGAACUUCUUACCCUCUAUUGUCAACGGCCUGGGUUUUGACGAGGCAGAAAGCCAAUUGCUCACGGUUCCGAUCUGUUUCCUGGGAUUCUUGUCUGUCAACUUCUGGUGUUGGUACAGCGAUCGAUUCCAGCUACGCGGGCCCCUCAUCAUCGGGCUCGCUGUUGUGUGCGCUGCGGGUUUCUCGAUUCUGGCUGGUGUAGUCCACGGUAAAGGUCCACGCAUGUUCGCUCUUUGUCUGAUCAGCUUCAGCGUCCAGCCGUUGAUUCCGCUGACGCUGGCGUUUUUGUUCACCAACACCGUGGGGCUAUCAAGGCGUGCAUUGUCCAUUCCACUCCAGAAUGCAUGCGGACAAUUCGGGGGCCUCGCGGUGAGCUACACUUUCACGGACGGUCCUCGAUACUUCCAGGGAACAAUGGCAACGAUA